CCCUAGCAGAAAGCGGUGGCGGGCGAGCGCCGGGAGCGUGUUCUCUGCUUGCUGCGAGGCUCGGCCGCUGUCUCCUGCAGUGUGGUGGCCUCCCGCCUCGCUUUGGCUUCUCUGCCGCGGCAGGCGCGGCGCACACCCCUGCUGCCGCAGACAGGCCGGGAGCGGAGGGGAAUCGCACCCUUCCCUCUGCCCUCCUAGGAAAUCUCUACGCUCCCUCUCCGACUCUUCAGAGAAACUACCCCUCCUCACCUUCCCCGGCACCAGGAAGCCCUGAACCCCUGAAUUCCAUUUUCAGGGCCCACUUCCCGGGCCCCUGACCUUUCUUAUCUACUCCGAGGCAACUCCGUUGGAUCCCUCCAUCCCCAUUUCUUAAACUUUCUUGUUGCGUCCUGGUGGUGGGCAUCUCCCUCCUCCGAGAGGGAAGCAUGGGAGCCCCAAGGGUCCAGGUGCCGCGGGAGGCCCAGACUGGAAGACAAGCCGCCCUCCCUCAUUCCUCAGCUUCUGUGUAAUCGGCUGCCCUUUUGGAAACUGGGCAGGGGUUGUGGCCGGAUGCCGGUGUCACUGACUUGUCUUCAGCAUACCAUGCAGAAGUAACAUGUUCCCAGCAUUGGAAACUGAGCUAAAGCAGGAGGCUCUUCCUGAUCCCUAUGAAGACUUUAUGUACCAUCAUCUUCAAUACUAUGGCUACUUUAAAGCUCAGAGAGGCAGUUUACCAAACUCAGCCACGCACCAGCAUGUUUGGAAGAAUAAUCCUCGCUACCUGGUGAGUGGCUCUUUUGGGGAAAGAGAGGAUGUGAUACCAGACCCGCUGCAAAAGGAGAAGCUACUGUGGCCCACCUGUCUAUCUUCAGCGGUGCACAGACAGUUAGAUGCUGUGAGCAGAGAUUCCCUCAUGCUCGCUUCACCACUUCUUAAGAGCAGACAACUUCUUCAUGAUGAAUUUGGCGAAGUAAACCCAUGUCUCCGAGAACCCCGAGAUCUCUUUGCUGCCUUCUCUAGCAGCGGGCCACUGCAGGCUCCAAGGUGGCCGAUAGAAUGUGAGGUCAUCAAGGAAAACCUUCAUCAUAUCGAGUGGGUUCCACCUCAACCAGAAUAUUUCUAUCAACCUACAGGAAAUGAAAAGUUACCAGAAAUUGUAGGAGAAGAUAAAGGCACAGUUGUCUAUCAAUUAGAUUCAGUGCCCACUGAAGGUUCCUAUUUCACCAGUUCCAGAGUGGGAGGUAAGCGAGGGAUUAUCAGGGAGCUUGCCGUCACGCUGCAGGGACCCGAGGAUAAUACUCUCCUGUUUGAGUCAAGGUUUGAGAGCGGGAAUCUGCAAAAAGCUGUCAGAGUAGAUACCUAUGAGUAUGAACUCACCUUGCGAACUGACCUCUACACAAACAAACACACUCAGUGGUUUUAUUUUCGUGUUCAGAACACUAGAAAAGAUGCCACCUACCGCUUCACCAUUGUCAACUUGCUCAAACCCAAGAGCCUUUACACUAUAGGGAUGAAGCCACUCAUGUACUCCCAGUUGGAUGCCAGCACCCACAACAUUGGCUGGAGGAGAGAAGGAAAUGAAAUCAGGUACUAUAAGAACAACAGGGACAAUGGACAGCAGCUCUUUUACUGUCUCACGUGGACCAUUCAGUUUCCACACGACCAGGACACUUGCUUCUUCGCACACUUCUACCCGUAUACAUACACUGAUUUACAAUGCUACCUGCUGUCAGUGAUGAACAACCCCGUCCAGUCUCAGUUCUGCAAACUCCGAACUUUAUGCAGGAGCCUAGGAGGAAAUACCGUCUACCUGCUUACCAUCACCAACCCAGCCCGGACCCCGCAGGAGGCGGCUGCCAAGAAAGCCGUGGUCUUGAGCGCCCGAGUCCACCCUGGAGAAAGUAAUGGCUCGUGGAUCAUGAAGGGCUUUUUGGACUUCAUCCUUAGCAACUCCCCAGAUGCCCAGCUCCUCAGAGAUAUCUUUGUCUUCAAAGUGGUUCCUAUGUUAAAUCCAGAUGGAGUGAUCGUGGGGAAUUACCGGUGUUCACUGGCGGGACGGGACUUGAACAGGCAUUAUAAAACCAUUCUGAAGGAGUCUUUCCCUUGCAUCUGGUACACCAGGAACAUGAUCAAAAGGCUUCUGGAAGAAAGGGAGGUUCUCUUGUAUUGUGAUUUCCAUGGCCACAGCCGCAAGAAUAAUAUCUUCUUGUACGGCUGUGGCAGCAGCGAUCGCAAGCACUGGCUUCACGAGCGAGUCUUUCCUUUAAUGUUAAGCAAAAAUGCACCAGAUAAGUUCUCUUUUCAUAGUUGUAACUUUAAGGUGCAAAAGUGCAAGGAAGGAACCGGCCGAGUUGUGAUGUGGCGCAUGGGGAUCCUCAACAGCUACACCAUGGAGUCUACCUUUGGGGGGUCCACCCUGGGCAAUAAAAGAGAUACUCACUUUACCACUGAGGAUCUGAAGUCUCUAGGUUACCAUGUUUGUGACACCCUUCUGGAUUUCUGUGAUCCUGACCGAACCAAGUUCAUGCAGUGUUUAGCAGAGCUUAAAGAGCUCUUACAACAGGAGAUCCGUAAGAAAUUCAAUGAACUUGGACAAGAUACGGAUUUAGAAGGAAGUUGGAGUGACAUCUCUUUGUCUGACAUUGAAUCCAGCACCAGUGGUUCUGACAGUUCCCUCUCAGACGGUCUCCCUCUUCACCUACUGAACAUAGCACAUGAGGUGAAUCAAAAGAAGAAGAUGUAUAAGAAGAAAAAAAAGAAGCCACUUCAGACGAGGAAACAGCGAAAUGAACAGUAUCAGAAAAAUAAUUUGAUGAGGGAGUUAAAGUUAACGGAAGAUGUCCCAGAAAGGGCAGGGUUUGCUUCUACUCUGCAAAAACAGCCUACCUUUUUCAGAAAUUCAGAGAAUGCCAGUUCUUCCACGAUGCGAAAUGACAAACCAAGGUUGAAUGAGGUACUACGUGGGAGAGACAAGGGCACCUCCCUGGACCCAUCAAAAAUGGCCUCCUUGAUCCUGACGAAGAAUACAGAGAGAAUGCAGACAGAGAAGCCAGGAUUCACAGUGUCAUGCUCUCCAAAGAGAAGCACAAAUCCCAGCCAAGAGCCGGUUCCAGAUAGGAAGCCAAACUGGUCCAGGAACAGAUAUCCUGCCACAAAGAGAGGCCGCGCCACCAUGACAGUGUACCCAUCCUUGCACAUAUACACAUACCCAUAGGCUGCCAUGUUUUGGGUCAAACACAUUCUGUAAUGAGGGGAGUUGUAUGAUUGGGAACUUCGUUCACUUGCGGUAUACUGUGUCGUGUGUUCAUCAUGCACUGACCUUACACCAGGGGCUCACAUUGCAUGCAAGCCCUCACGAUACAUACCUCAUGAAUUAGAUUACUUUUUUUCAUAAAGUAAAAUUUUAUUAUGAUGUAUAGAAAAGCUUCCUUUGUCAGAAAUUGAAGUGUGUGCUCAUGAACCUACAGCCCAGAUAUACAUUUUAACCAGUAGACAUUCUCUCUAAAAUUAUGUGCAAAUCAAUUUUAAGAGUUCAAAUUCUAUUUUAAACAUAUUCUGAGAGUGUGCUUUGUUCAAAAAAAGUCUUCUGUCAAAGCUUUCUAGCAAUGAAUGGUCAAUGAUUUAUCAGGUUUGCUCAUGCUAAGGUGUUACCACAUAGAGAAAACAAUUCAUGUAUUAGCCAGAGUUUAGUAUGACAUAUAUCAUGUUCAACACGGUUACGUACAUUUUUUAACCCACUGAUUAAAAUUCUUUCUCUCUA